AUGGUUCACUGCCCAAUCUGUGGCAAAGCAGUUAAACCCAGAGAUAUAAAUAACCACAUUGAUUCGGGCUGCACAUCACAUCUCGACACAGGAUCCCCGCCACCCGCGCAGCAAAAUGGGACCUCUUCCCAAAAGCCUCCCACAUCACAAAAGCCCUCCCUAUCGAAGUUCUUUCAGACACCGGCAGCGAAGCGUGCAACUGUAUAUCCUACGCUGAAGAUAGAAGCUAGUCCAAGUUUACGUCUGCAGCUGAAAACCGAAAGCAAUGACGCGUCUGCGCCUUCAACCCAGGCACAACGAAAACGGUCAUUUGACGAAGUUGUUCCUACGACAAUACAAGAGCCGGAAGCUUUUGCCGAUAUAACAGAAGACCCACCGAAGAAGAAACCAAAAAUAAAUGCUUUCCAGAAAGCUGCGCCGUUAGCGGAACGUAUGCGCCCACGGACUUUGGAUGAAUGUAUCGGUCAAGAACUAGUCGGCCCGCAAGGCGUUCUGCGGGGUUUAAUUGAGCAAGAUCGAGUGCCGUCUAUAAUUUUAUGGGGCGGCGCGGGGACGGGAAAAACUACAAUUGCCAGAUGUAUUGCAUCGAUGGUGGGAAGCCGGUUCGUGGAGAUCAAUAGCACGAGUUCAGGUGUUGGGGAGUGCAAGAAGAUAUUCGCAGAGGCAAGAGGGGAAUUGGGGUUAACAGGCCGCAAGACGAUAUUAUUCUGUGAUGAGAUACAUAGGUUCACGAAGGCGCAGCAGGAUUGCUUUCUCGGCCCCGUGGAGAAUGGACAGGUUACCUUGAUUGGAGCUACCACGGAGAAUCCAUCUUUCAAAGUCCAGAAUGCCUUGCUUUCACGAUGCCGGACUUUCACACUUCAGAAACUCACGGACGACGAUAUCCUUCAAAUACUAGAGCGAGCUCUUGCCUCCGAAGGCCAAGAUAUACCCUCUGAUCUGAUAGAUGUGGAGUUCUUGAAAUAUCUAGCAGCCUUCUCAGACGGAGAUGCUCGCACGGCCCUCAAUCUCCUCGAGUUAGCAAUGUCGCUAUCAACUCGUCCAUCCAUUACCAAGGAUGAGAUAAAAGCCUCAUUAACGAAGACCCUCGUAUAUGAUAGAGCCGGUGAUCAGCACUAUGAUACCAUAUCCGCGUUUCACAAAUCCGUCCGUGGCAGCGAUCCAGAUGCAGCACUCUACUACCUAGCUCGGAUGCUGCAAUCAGGGGAAGACCCAUUAUAUAUCGCACGCAGAAUGGUGGUCAUUGCCUCCGAAGAUGUGGGAUUAGCAGACAACAGCAUGCUCUCCUUAGCAACCAGCGCCUACACCGCUGCGGAAAAGAUAGGCAUGCCCGAAUGCCGUAUCGCUUUAGCACAUGCAGCAGUUGCGUUGUGUCUAGCUCCAAAGAGUACACGCGCAUACAGGGGAUUGAACAACGCGUAUACCGCAUUGCGAGAGCCAGGUGUAGCCAGCCUUUCCAUCCCAAUCCAUCUGAGGAAUGCACCUACGAAGCUGAUGAAGGAGUUGGGGUAUGGUGACCAGUAUAAGUAUAAUCCUAAUUACAAGGAAGGGAGGGUUGUGCAGGAAUAUUUGCCUGAGCAGUUGCAAGGGCGGACAUUUUUGGAAGAGAGAGAUUUGGGAACCGAGAUUGAUCCUGGGGCUUGGCCUUGA